AUGAGAUCUGCACGAAACAGCGCUGGCCCCGAUCGGGCAAAGCACCUGGAGCGCAACCGCAUCGCUGCCAACAAGUGCCGCGAAAGGAAGAAGCGCGAACACAAACAAAUCGAGCGUCGUCUCAGCGACGAAACAGAAAAGAAAGAACUCCUCCUGGCCCAACUGAACUGUCUCAAAGAAGAAGUGUGGGACCUGAAAAACAUCAUCUUCCAACACGCCGAGUGCAAAGACCACCAAAUCAAUCUCCAGCUGGCGCGAAUGACACAAACCGUGCUAGACAACCAACCCAUGCAAGAAUCCAGCAUGUCACCAACCUUUUCGAACGGGUCCUACUCAGAUGAAUCGGUCGCAGUGGAUGAUGCGACGAAUCACAACCACACUAUGAUCGACCCCGGCGCCUUGCCUGGGGGUGACUGGACUGUGUUACCCAAGGUCGCCGAUGACCUCGUCCCGUUCGACAACGGAAACGAUUCGAUAUUCGAGAAUUUCAUCGAUGCCGAGAAUCUGUACACUUAG